GGUAGCUGGAUAUUUCUGGAUGUGCCCAUGGUACAUAAAUGAGUUAACAAUAGGCAAAAGCUAUCUGGAAAAUUUUGGAAUGCGUUUUAACAGUGGAAUAUUGUCUCCUCCGGGUCCGUUUCUGACGCCCAGUCCAUCGCCAUCGAUCUCAGCUAGCCCUCGUCUGCAACCAUCGCCAUCGCUCUCGCCGUUCCCACAGGAUGUGGUGCUCGUAGCCGGUGGCAGUCAAGUAAACGCCAACAGCAAUCCCCAGGAACACGAGCGCAAGGCGGCGACGCCUGGCAGGAGACAGUCCAUCCACCAGUUCACCAAUGGCAGUCCCAAUGCUGGAACCGUCGUCUUUCAGCCGAGCCCCUCACAAUCGCCGGCCGCUGCCACAACGGUCAUCGGCGUGACCAGUGGUGGCCUCAUAGCCACCGCCGCCGGAGGAGCUGGAGCCACCGGCCUGAGUGCCGGAGUAGGAGCUGCUAGCAGUUCCGGAGUGGGAAUCGGAGUCGCCCUGCACAGCAAUGCCAUCGGGAACGAGCUGAAUGCCACUCUGGUGGGAUCGAACAAUAUCCAGCUUAAUAAGAAGGGCACAAAGCGGGCCACCCAGCAGCAGCAGCAGCAGCAGCAACAACAGCAACAGCUGGGCCACCAGAUCUUCAGCAGCGCCGUUGCACCCACCUCGCUCAGCAGUGCGACUGCGGUGGCAGCCGGAGGCGGAGGCUAUGGACAGUUCAAUGCCACCGCCAUCAGCACGCCCACCUCGUUCGCCACGGCAGCCGGCAGCAGUGUGGUCAGCAGCAGCGCCAAGGGUCCGCAAAAGAGCCAGAAGGGGCAACACCACCAGCAGCAGCAACACCAGCAGCAGCAGCAGCAGCAGUUCCAGCACUACCAGAGCAGCAGUCCCCUGAUAGCGGACAGCCCCAUUCCGAGUCCAAGCGGAGCCAUUGCAGCGGCUGCGAUCAAGCCACCGACUCCGCAGCCGCAACCCGUGCAGAUGCUGUCCCAGCAGUUCACCAUCUCCCAGCAGCCGCAGCAGCAACAGGCGGCGCAGCAGGUCUUCCAGUUCAUCCAGGGACCGCAGGGCCAGCUCAUAGCCACCACUCCGCAGCAACAGCAGCCCAUCCAGCAGCAGCAGCAACAACAACAGCAGCAGCAGCAGCAACCUCAGCCUCUCCAGCAGCAACAGCCACAGCAGCAGCAGCAACAUCGGUUCGUUGGCAAUGCCGGCGUCACAGGAAUGCCGACCGGCAAGUCCGGCAAGGCACCGCAACAGAUCCUGCCCAAGCCGCAGCAGGAGCUCCAGCAGCAGAAGAAGGGCUCAACGGCGGCGGGAGGAGCACAGAUCUCGCAGACAGUACAACAGCAAGCCGGCGGCCAGUCCAACAAUCCCACCCAACAGCAGCAGCAGCAGCAACAGCAGAUCCUGUUACCUGCCACCGCCAGUCAGCCGCAGCAGCUGCUCCUCAACCAGAUGCCCGUGCUGGUGCAGCAGAAUCCGCAGGGAGUGCAGCUCAUCCUGCGCCCGCCCACGCCGCAGUUGACCACGACGCCCUCGCUGGUCAUCCAGCAGAAUGCCCGCGGGCAGCCGCAGCUGCAGACGCAGCCGGCGCAGCAGCAACUGCUGCGGAUAGUGGGCACCAAUGGAGCGACCAUGCAGCUGGCUGCCGCGCCCACCUUCAUUGUGUCCUCGCAGGCGAACCUCAUCCACCAGACGGCGACCGGCCAGUUCCAGAGCGCCAUCAAGUCGGGCACGCAGCUCACCGGCCUCCAUGCGGCGCUUGCCCAGGCGCAGGCCCAGGCCCAGGCACAGGCGCAGGCGCCACGAUCUCAGCCGUUUGCCACGACGGCCACUCUGAACACCCAGCUCCUCGGCCAGAGCGUGGCCGCCCAGCUGCAGAACCUCCAGCUGGCGGCGGCCCAAAUCCAGAUGCCCAACGGCCUCACGGCCAUUUCCCAACUGCCGGCUCAUCUGCAGCAGAGUCUGGGCGGCGCCACCAUCAAUCUGAACCAGCUGAACGGGGCGCACAUCCAGCAGAUAGCCAACGCCUUUCAGACGCCCCAGGCACCGGGUGCGACCACUGGCGGAGCGACGAGCACCACGGAGCUCUUCACCCAAUCCUCGCCGGCACAUGUGCCGCUGGCCGUGACGCCGGAGCCACUGCGUCAACCCACGCCGGUGCCGAUGAUGCAGCAGCAGCAGCAGCAGGCGGCGAUGGCCACCAUCCAACUGCAGCAGCAGCAGCAACAGCAGCAGCAGGCGCAGAUCCAGCAGCUGCAGCACCAGUUGCAGCAGACCCAGUCGCAGGUGCAGCAGGCGCAGCAAUCCGUGCACUCCACCGCGGUGCCGGAACCCAAGAAGAAGCCGCGUCCUCGCAAGAAGAAGCAGGCGCCAGCGGCAGUGGCAACUCCACUAGCGGCCACACCGACGGUGGUGCCUGUGGAGAUCAGACCGCCGACGCCCCAGAAGAUUGCCAUUGCAGCCACGACCGCGCCAACUGUGCGCUCCAAGUCGCCCUCGCCACCGCCGACGACCAUCCAGCGGAGCAGCAACGGCAAGCUGGAUCUGGGCGAUGUGAUGAAGUUCUGCGGCAUCACCGGCGACGACGACGACGACGAGGACUACGGAACGGGUCUGGACACCGGACUGGCCUCGGAGCCGGAGCCAGCGCACCAGGCACAACCGCAGGCCACGCCAAGUGCAGCAGGCACGGGAACGACGACGGGUGGCGGCGGCAGCAGCGGCGACAUCAUGAUCUCCAUACCGAACCAAAACGGCAGCGACGGCCUGCCCUUCACCCUGACCAUUCCCGCGCCGCAGCCGCAGCAGCUGCAGAGUGCGACGGCCUCGCAGGCGGCGGGAAGCGAAUCAGCCACCGAAAUACCAAAUAUCCUCAUCAAGAUCGAUCCGAGUGCGGAGGCAGCGGUGCCGCCCUUUGGUCUGUCCACUCCGCGGCUGCCGACGGCCGAGGAAAUCCAGAAGCAGGCGCAGCAGCACCUGGCGCAGCAGGCGGCAGCCGCAGCAGCAGCGGCGGCGCAGGCGAAGGCCACAGCCACGCCCACCAUCAACAUCAGCCUGCCCGGGAUGACGCUGCAGCCGCAGGUGACGUCGACAGCCAUUGCCACGCCCACUCCGGCGGCAAACGCAAAUCCCGUGUCCACCACACUGGCUGUGAAGCCGAGAAGGAAGCCAGCGGUGCGGCGGAAUGCCAAGAAACCAGAGCCAACUGGCAGCGGCGGCGGCACCUUGAUCUCCUCGAGCAGCGGCACCACCACCACCAUCAGCAGCAGCACCAGCACCAUCCUGAACAGCAGCCAGCCCACCACGGUGAACACCAUCACGCUGACCACUCCCUCGCCGGUGACGAGCAGCAGCAAUCCCACCCUGAUGCUCACCCACGGAACGCCGACGGCAGUGCCGAGUCAGAUUGGCAACAUCCAGAUCUCGCAGGUGCACAACCACCACCAGUCCACGCUGCCCGUGAGCAGUGCCGUGGAAAACAAGAUCCAGAUCAUGCCCAUUCUGCCACCGGGAGCCACGGUCAUGGGGGGCACCCCGGGAACUGGAGGGCAUGCAUCCGCCGGCGGGCAGUCAACCCAGUUGGUCUUCCAGCCGACGGUGCCCUCGGUGGCGCCAACGAUCUCCGCGGAAUCCACUGGGUUCAAGCUGUCCAGCGAUGGCAGGCAGAUGCAACUGGUGGCCAUACCGCAGGCGACUCCUCCGCAGCAGCCGACAGCGAGUGCGGCCCAAGCAGCGGUGACCACAUCCACGCCUACUCUGACCGCCGGAGGAGCCACCAUUCUGCCGCCUCAACUCACUGGAAUGCCCGCGAAUGUAUCUGUUUCGGUGGGAUCUCCCGCCUCGGCUGCUGCUCUGGUGCCACAGCUCACCGGGAGUCUGACGCUCACCGUGUCGGAGCAAUGCGAGCGGUUGAUCCUGCGCCACGACCCCAACACUCCGCAGGACCAUCAGUCGCAGCUCAUCUUGCAGGCUCUGCUCAAGGGUGCCCUGCCCAACGUGACCAUCAUCAAUGAGCCGACGCGCGUGGAUCCCAACAAGCACUCGACGCCAAUGCUGCAGCCGCAACAGCAGGUCAUUCAAAUCCCGCAGCCACUGGCUCCGCCGCAGCCAAUUCUGCAGCAGCAACAGACGGUUUCCAAGGUUUCAACAGCUCCCAAAAUUGAAGUAAAAGUGACGAACAAUAGGAAGUUGUCGGGUCAGGGAAGCAGUACGCUGACCAGCACCACAACCACAAUGACCACGAUGAAGCCACCGGCCACACUGCCCGCCAAGCAGAACGAGGUGCUAUCGUUCCCCCAGCUGCCGCUCAACUCGCAGGUGCUCAUCCAGCAGCAGCCACUGAUUCCGGCGCAGCUGCAGCCGCAACUGCAACCAGUCACUGUGCCCGCGACGCUGCCCACCCAGCCGGCCACCAUCUCCGUUCCAAUACCCUCGCCGGCGCCCGCUCCGCAGCUGGCCAACAACGGACAGCAGCGGUACAUCGCCCUGCCGCCCAUCGAUCCCACCACGCAGCAGCUGUUCUGCCUGAACAGCGUCACCAACCAGAUCACGGCCAUGAGUGCGGGUCAGACGGCGGCAUCGAUUGGACCCACGGAGCGUCUGCUCAUCGCUCCGGCCGGGAUAAACGCCCAGCAGUUGGCGCAGUGCCUGCAGCUGGGACAGCUCCACUUCAACGAUGUGAAUCCACUGCCAGCCCAGCAGCAACAGCAGCAGGUGGCGACCAGCGGCGGUGGAUCGAUUUCCAUGCCACUGGGACCGCAGCCGCCGCAGCAGCAGAUCGUGCAUCCCAUCCAGCCGAUCAGCAAUGGACUGGCCAUCACCACAACGGCGAGCAGCACGCUGACCACCACCACUAGCACCACUUCCUCGACCACCACGGUGACCAAGCAGGUGGCCAACGUGGCGCCGAUAAUAGAUCAAAGCAAAGCGAAACUGGAGCCGGCGAAGGCCGCCACCAGUGGAGCUGCGGGCGGAGCGGUGGUCAAGAAGAAGCCGGUGCGGAAGCCCAAGGCCACGCCAACCAACGCUUCAGAGCUGGCCAAUCUAAAGAACGCCAGUGUGGUCAAGCCGAUGCCGAAGCUGGAUCCCCUGUCGCAGAAGCCCAACAACAAUCCGGUGCAGAUUGUGCAGCCGAAUGUGGCGAGUGGCAAGCAGAUGAUCGUGGUGGGCAGCUCGAGUUGCACGACAACCACCACGACUACGAUGAGCGCCAGCAUCCAGCCCUUCCAGACGACCAGUGGCACCAAGUUGGUCGGCGUAACCGUGCCCAUGCAGCAGCAGCAGCCCACAGGAACGGCAGCGAUACUGCAGCAACAACAGCAGCAGCAGAGAACGAGCUUCAGUUUGACGGCCACCACAGUGGCCACACCUGCGCCGAUGCCAUCGCCCACGGUCACUCCCGGAGUCAGUCAGCUGCAAAUGCAGCAGCUGCCACCGCAACAAAUGCAGCAGCAGCAACAGCAGCAGAUGCAACCCCAACAGCAGCAGCAGCAACAAUUGCAAGCUCCGAAGCAACAACCGCAACCGAACACCGUUUCCCGGGUGCAGACCAUCCAGCUCACGCCGCAGAUGCAACAGGUCUUCAAGCAGGUGCAGAUGCAGAUCCAGUUCCUUACCAUUAAGCUGCAGAACAAGUCCACAUUCCUGCCCGUUUCGGCGGAGAUUGAUCCUGCAACAAUUGCUGCGUACAACAAGCCAAUGUCCGAUGCCGAAAUAAAUCUGGCGCUGCAGCGACUCUUUGCGGAGCAGCACAGGAUUCUGGCCUCUGGGAAAGAAGUGCCCACUCCAGAGGGCAUGUUACCCACAGCCAAUGGUACUGGCUUCAGUCUGAUGGCACAGCCAAUACAGCAGCAGCAGCAGCAACAGCAACCACAGCAGCAGCAACAGUUGCAGCCGGUGGUGCCGGAGCCUCUGAAGACAGCCGUGCCGGCAAAUGUGGUGCAGCCCAACAAUCACUCUUCCACGACCACAACGGGAACAGCGACAGCCACUGGAAGUGUGGCCACGGCAGCACCUCAGCAAAGUGCUCAGCAAAACAUCACCCAAAGGAUACACAUCUACCCCAUGCAGCACCAACAACAGCAGCAGCAGCAGCAGCAACAGGCAGGCAACAAACCGAAGCAGGCGCCACCGAAACCGCAGCAGGAGCAACAAUCGCAGCAAUCUCAACUGCAAAUAAAGCCAAAGGAGCCGGCAAACAGGAACAAAUCCAAUAACCAACAGCUGCAGCCAAACACACCGCAACAACUGCAGCAGCAGCCACCCAAUGGAAGCAUCAAUAUGUUGCCACAAAAAGUAAAUAUGAUGCCGAUGGUUCAGCAGCAGCAGCAGCAGCAACAACAUCAACAGCAAACGCAGCAGCAGCAACAACAGCAGCCUUUGCUCAACAAAAGCGGACCACCGCCCCUGAUCUUCGCCAGCUCCACGAAUUUGCUGAACAACAGCAACAGCAGCAACAAUCUCGCGAGCAACUCUGUGAUGCAAGUGAACAACAUGUUGUCCCUGCCGCCAUUGCAACCCCAACAGCAACCGCAGCAGCAACAGCAGCAAUUGCAGCAGCAGCCAACUCCCAUCCUGCCACCAGUGGCUGUUGGAUUGGGAGUGGGCGUGGGAGUAGGAGUGGGGUUGCCGACCGGACCGAUUGGAAGCCUGGUGCCGACACUGCCGUCGAUUCCGAGCCUGCCUCUUUACAUGCCCAGCAAAAUGGACGAAAUGCCAACGCAGAAACCAAAAAUUGCACGCCUCUCCUUAUUUGUGCGUCAACUCGAGGUCGACCAGGAAAGCUGUCUGAAGCCGGACUACGUGAAACCCUUCCGCACCAAGGAUGAAGCGGUCAAAAGGCUAAUCAGAUACCAUUGCAUGCAUGAAAACGAUGUGGAGUUGCCCUCUGACGAAGACGAAGAGUUUGAAACCACUGCCCUGGAAUUCCAGGACAAGUUCCGUCAGCUGAACGGCAAGUUCCAAGAAAUACUGAUGCAGGAGUCAACGCUGCCACAUCGCACCUCGGAGUUACUGCAAAUGCAGCAGCUAAUGAUCGACGAUCUUAAAGGCGAGAUCAACGAAAUCCGCACGGCUGAGAAGGAACUCGACCAGCAGUUAAAGGAGGAACAGACUAGCGAGAAGCCAGCAGGCGAAAACGAAGUCCAGUCAGAGGCCAAAGUCAAAGAGGAGAUUAAGCAGGAACCGAUGGACAAGGCAGCCCAAUCAGAUGGAGUCGUGGACAAGUUUGAUCUGCUGAAGAACAGCGCCGAUGUGAACAAGGCCUUCAACAAGUCGCAGCCACCGCAACAGUCUGCAGUUAAGCAAGAAGAAAGACACGAAACUGUUGAGCCUUCAGUAAAUGGAACUGUCAAGAGCGAGGACCAGGACAAGGAGUCCUCAAAGUAUAUCAAGAAGGACUAUGACAACUUCGAUAUCGAGUCCGAGUUGACUACCAGUUUUAUCAUGAAGAAAGUGGAGCACAAAGCUGCUUUGGCCAAGAACUCCGAGAAUCGCUACCAGGAAAGAAACUUAAUGGAGCAACAACAGCAACAUAUCAAAGGCAAUGGAGUGGAUUCGGUGGACCAGGACGAUCAAUGGUACUGUCUGCAGAAGGAGCUCAACCUAAUGAACAACGAGCCCAUGCAGCAGCCGCAACCCCAAAUGAACGGCAACCAGCACAUGCCCAUCAAUCGCCAUUCGGCGCAACACCAAACCCACUUUAUGGACAAUUCCAGCAAUAACAACAUGAUGGGCAAUAGCAAUCACAUCGCGGACCUGUUUCCCAAUGGAUGUAUCGAUAAGAGCAAUCAGAGCACCACGAGCAGCAGCAACAGCAGUUGCAUGAGCGAAAACCAUGCUGGCUCCAAUCCCGUCAAGACUGUCUCCUCGUGCAGCGGGCAGCGCGAACAGCCGGUGGUCUUGGAUGCUGAACAGCAGAACGAGCAUCCCGCCAUCAGUGAGCUCUUCAGCUCGGACUCGGAUGUCCAGAAGUCCGUGGAGACGCGACUGGAGGCCAUGUUCGGAGAGUCGCCGGUGCAUUUGGACGGGAAGGGCAGCAGCGAUGCCCACGACAUUGAGACCAAUCUGGACGAGAUCUUUGGCGAUUCUAAAUCGCCGGCUGCCAACCACAAGAGCAAGCUGAGCAUGUGGGUGCCAGACGCCACGUUUAUGCAGCAGACGCCUCAGCAGGCGCCGCAACAGCAGCAGCAAUACGCAGGCACGCAGCAACCAUCACAGCAGCAACAUCACAUUGAGCUGAACUGCAACAACAAUCCCCGCUGGAUGCAGAGCAUGGAGGCGCACUACAGCGACUUCCUUUCCAGCGGCACGAGUAAUGGAGAGCUGGUGAACGGAUCAGAGUCGCGGAAACGGAGCUGGGACAGCCAGCUGAUGGGCUCCGGCAGCGACAUGGAAGAUGACAACAGCAGCAAGCGCCUGUGCACGGCGUCAUCAUCCUCCUCUUCGUCGCCGAUGUCGUCGCAGCAGCAGCAACACGUCCAGGUGCCACAGCAUGGCCUCUUGGACACGGAUAUGUUGCCCGGCGGAUUCCCCCAGAUGCUGAUGGACCAGCAGCAGCAUCAGCAACAGCAACAGACCCAGCAGCAGCACAACUUUGCCUACGCCAACAUGAUGGACCAGCAGCAGCCGCAGCAGCACCAUCAGCAGCACUUCCAGCACAACAUGCAGCAGCAGAUGCAGCAGCAGCAGCAGAUGCACGUGAACCACAUGGGCGGAGCCGCAGUCGGAGCUGGCGGGGAAUACGACGAUGACAUCAGUCGUCAUGUGGCCAGCGCCAUCGACAGCAUACUGAACCUGCAGAACAGCGGCGAUUCGCUGCAGUUCUCGCUCGGGUCUAUCCUCGGCGACAGCAUGCUGGACGAUCAGCGGCAGGCGGGCGGCAAUCUGCCCAGUUGCCAGCAGGAGCAGGCGAUUCAGCGACGUCGCCAGCUGGGCGAGGAGAUGAACGACUGUUUGAUCAGUGGCGGUGGAUCUGCUGUCAGCGGAGUGGCGGACACCAGCAGCAACAUUCUGCUGGAGCACCACCACCAGCAGCACCAGAUGAUGCAGAGCCACCAGCAGCAGCCGCACCUGCAGCACCAUCACCACCAGAACAUGGCACAGGCCCAGCACAUGGGACAGAUGAACGACUUCAGCUGCGUAACCGGCGGUCUGGACGAUCCCGUCAAGUCGAUCAUGACCUCCUGACUUGGAGCUCCAGCAGUCAGUUCUGCGGCGGAGAAUGCCUCCAACAGUCUGAUACUAGAGUUUAAUGCCACCACCUUGUGAAAAACGGUUGAUCAAAACGACUUCCUGAUUGUAUAGAUAAACCCGUCGUCUUAGUUGUCCUUGGUUAUUGUUUUACCCCCGAGUACAAGCUCUUUUAGACCUAAGUUGAGACCUUAGCAUAAAUUGUUUUUACUUAUUGUUUGUAUUGUUUAGUCCAAUGUUUUGUACAAUAUUUGAAACACCCUCAGAUAACUAAUUACUUAAUGCACGAGCAAAAAAAAAAAAAGGGAAAGAGAACGAGGUGAAAGUGCGGUAUAAAUAUAUUAUGACAGAGCCCCAAUAAAGCCAAGAAAGCAAUUGACGUGGUGAAUUGAAAACUAAACGACGAAUAGCAUCAAAUGCUUCUCACAGAGGUGCCCCAAUCGGAACCCACUAUUAUAAAUUAUAUAGCUACAGUAACUAAGAGAAGGCCCCUAGACAAUUUAUUCAAAUGAAACCAAGAAAAGUACGUAAGAAAAUAAUGGGAGUGAUGAGAGGAAAAUACACGCGCAAAAGGAGAGGAAUGAAAACGAAUUGGUUGUAUAAUUCAUAACUAAGUUACUUGAAGCAAUUCUGAGAAACAAUUAAAAUCACGUUGCCAAUUUUGUUGUCGUUGGAAUAUCAGGCAGAAAAAAAUGAAUUCGCGAUCGAUUUUUAGAGCCCCAGAUAUAAUAUAUUUAUUUACACAUUACGUUGCGCAACAUUUGUAAAUAGUUAGAGCAUGCAGCAGUUUCCGAACUGUAUAACAAGAUUAAAAAUACAUAGCUAAGCAUUUUUAAAACAGCCGAGAUAUCAUUUAAAGCGCUUUACGUACGACUGCUUCUGAUAUUACAGACAAACAAACCAACCUAUUGACGUGCUCAAUUCGAGAGUAAAGAAUUUUUCGGCAUAGCUACGGGUGUCAUUGGCAAGCAAAUGCAAAGAUCUUAGGGAUUAACAAGUACCAACUAUGGCAAACUACGAAGCAAACCAAAAGCAGUUCAAAAAUCACAAUUUUAGCCAAUUUAGUUUAAACAUUUAUAAAUUAUUGAAUCUAAUGUAAUAUCUUAUACACUUAAACUGAUCGAUUGAAACGAGAUGAUAAGCUAGCUGAUGAUAUCGGGAAGAGGAACCACAGGAAAACAAGUAACAACAAAUUAACGAAUCGUAUCAAUUGUAUCUUGAUCUUGCGACAAAUCUGACUUGUGAUUUGUGCCACGUUUUAAAUAUAGAUGUCUGAUUAGCUUGUAAACAUACAUAAUAAAUACGAUUAAACUCUAUACAAAAAACCCACACUCAGUAAGCCACUACGAAGUUUAUCUAAAAGGAAUCGCGAGCCUCAAGCCGCGAGUCGCGAAAGCAAUUGUAAAUGUUUGGCGUGGGAAGGGCGGGCGCCACGCAUCAAUUACAUACCAAUUACAAUACUAACUACUACUUUAAUACCACCACUAACACACCUACUACGAUACGUACUACCAUGGACGGAAUGCUUGUAUUACGUGUAGUCUGUAAGGGAACUUCAAGAGGUACCGUAUUUUAAGAUGUGCUUCGUUUAAUCAGGCCACCCAUCCAUGACCCCUGACCUCUAACCCCCCUCCCCCCAUCAAAACCUAAACCCGAACCCUGUUUCCACGAAAACCACCCACCUGUCCAGCGUCCCGUCUGAGUUGCAUGAUCUUGUAUUUCUAUUUUGAAACUUUCUAGUUAUUAUUCAAAGACAAAUAACUUUUGUGUAAAAAUGUAUAUGUAAUAGCAUAAUUUAAGUUGGCAACCCAAAACUGAAUAAAUUUAAAUCUAUUGAUAGAUUAUUAAUUCGAAUUGUUUUAAGUUGUAUUUAGAACAAAAUCGAACUCGGAACUCAAAUCGGUCGCCCCUCCCGCCACCACCUAUUCCACAUAAACAAAUCGCAGUGUUGUCACUUGAAUUGUUCAGCUAAAUGUGUCUAAAUGUAAUUUAACAUAAAGAGAAAACUAAAGAUUUUUAAACAAACAUUGUGAGUUUUAAUUAAACAUCAUCAGCAUAGGGAGAGAGAGACAGCAAAACAAAGGAAACAACUUUAAUAUUUGAUAGUUUAUUAAGCCCAUCCAUUCAUAGUCGUCAUAAACAUUAAGUACAUAAAACAAAACAAACGAAAGAUUCAAUAUAAAUCUCACUGAAACGCAACAAACCGAAAACCCAACUGAAAACGGAAACUAAAUAAAAGGAAAUGCAAUCAAAUUUCA